GCUUUUGUUUAUUUCGCGACACGCCCACCAGCACCUCCCGCCUCUUCAACACCUGGUUCUGACUCAUCUAGCUUUUAACCAGAACCGCCUUCAGCACCAGCUUCACCUCAAGGUUACCAACGUUUUGUUAGUUCACCACCUCCAAACCAACAAUAUGCUGCACGCACUCAAUGCACUUAGGUCAAAUAGCUGUUGCUGUAGGCAAGACUAUCCACAAGAAUGUACUUUCUUUUUGCCCCGCUUGCUCACCAUGAACAAUUCGCCGGUGUAAUACCAGUUACCGUCCUAAAACAUCACUUCAAUGUCUCGAACUCCUAUGUAAUCUACAAACUCCGGCUCAUUAUAUUCCCUUGGCACCACAAACCUUGGGCACGAAAAAUCCGUCGCAGAGACUGGUCACAGAGUGGCAGCCUCCUCGCGACGAUAUCAAUAAUAGUGAUUUACACAUACUACGUUUGUUGGGCUCAACCAUAUAAACCCUCGUAUCUGUCUAUGCGUUCGCUGCAAACGCCUUAUCCAUACUGCGUUCCCUCCGCUCAUUGGUCCUUCCCAACUCGCCUUCCAUUGUAGAUACUGUCAACCCCGCAUCCAGAAAACGCCGCAUCACAUUCCUGUUGCUGGGGGUUGUUUUGCAGGUUGUCUACAUGCGUUUCUUGGUUAGGGCAGUACUAUGCACCAAUUACUA